CUUGUGACCUUCAAGUGCCAUUAUCCAGCCAUUGUUGGUUGCAUUGCUUUCCAUAUGUCUGUUUGCACUGUUUAGAUUUAUGAAGGCUGAAAAAGUACGACAGUCUUGGCGAAACGUGUACCCCGCAUUGGACAUGAUACGGGAUAUCUCAGGGGAGGGGAAUUGAUCCGACUACGGUAUGAGAGCUACAUCAUUGUAUGGAGUAUUAUAAGUACGGAGGAAAUGUAUUUGUGGUUUGAUGUACGCCAAACGUUGCUCGGAAAUGGAAACGAACGGGGAAUAUACGUGGGAACAAACUUACACGGGCCGUUGUUCAAUUGGUUCGACGAGGGCAGUUAACGAAGUCGAGUAUGUUCUUCGUGAUAUUUUUACGAGGACAGCCGUUCGAGUGCGCGAUGUUCGAGCGGCGCUAGUGUUUGCCAUCGAGGUAUUCGAAGAUGUUGCGCAGGAGGUGUACCAUCUUCACUUGGUGGCACGGGGAGUGCCGCAUGGGCGGGGAAUUGAAGAUGUGCUGGAUGGUGAGCGGCGCUUGGAUGUGUCUUCUCCUCUUCAUAAGAGAACGUUUUCCAACUUCUUUCGAAGUGCAUUCGGCGAGGCAGUACGCAUGGCCUAUGCGCGUUUGGAGUUGAUGUACUCCCAGCCCAUGGAAGGUAGUGGGGUCUGUAUGCUGCUCUUCCAGCGUGGAGCUGACGAUUAUGUUCGUCGCAGAGUGAUGAAAGAUGCUGCCCCCCCGGGCGGGUAUCGCGAGGGUCGGUAUAAGUAUCUUGGUGUGCAGCACGGUGUUCGGCAGGUCGACGUGACUGACUUGGCGGGCUUACUGCAGAGAUCUCUUGAUUUACAAUGACAAUAACGGUAGUCUACAUUAUAUCUUUCGCUGGUAGUGAGGACGUUUAACACACGCGGUGCCCGGGAGAAUUAGCCCUAGGCCAUAAGUUC